UGCUUUUUUGGAUUGUGUGAAUGCUUCAUUCGCCUCACAAACAACCACAGAACCACAAGUGCGGUGCAAACUUUCUCCAGGAGGACAGCAAGAAGGCUCUGGUUUUUAAAUGGUUAAUCUCCGCAGGUCACUACCAGCCACCGAGACCAACCGAGUCAGUGAGUGCCCUAACCACAGUCCAUGCAGUAAUAUUUAAGGCUGCAAGCAGUAUUUACAACAGAGGGCACAAGUUCUAUCUGGAAAAAAAAGGAGGGACUAUGGCAUCAAACAGCCUCUUCAGCACAGUGACACCAUGUCAGCAAAACUUCUUUUGGGAUCCGAGCACCAGCCGGCGCUUCAGCCCCCCCUCCAGCAGCCUGCAGCCCGGCAAGAUGAGCGACGUGAGCCCGGUGGUGGCUGCGCAGCAGCAGCAGCAGCAGCAGCAACAGCAGCAGCAGCAGCAACAGCAGCAACAGCAGCAGCAGGAGGCGGCGGCGGCGGCGGCGGCGGCGGCGGCAGCGGCGGCGGCGGCGGUGCCCCGGUUGAGGCCGCCGCACGACAACCGCACCAUGGUGGAGAUCAUCGCCGACCACCCCGCCGAGCUGGUCCGCACCGACAGCCCCAACUUCCUGUGCUCCGUGCUGCCCUCGCACUGGCGCUGCAACAAGACCCUGCCCGUGGCCUUCAAGGUGGUAGCCCUCGGAGAAGUACCAGAUGGGACUGUGGUUACUGUCAUGGCAGGGAAUGAUGAAAACUACUCUGCUGAGCUCCGAAAUGCCUCCGCUGUUAUGAAAAACCAAGUAGCGAGGUUCAACGACCUGAGAUUUGUGGGCCGGAGUGGACGAGGCAAGAGUUUCACCUUGACCAUAACAGUCUUCACAAAUCCUCCACAAGUGGCCACUUACCAUAGAGCAAUUAAAGUGACAGUGGAUGGUCCCCGGGAACCAAGAAGGCACAGACAGAAGCUUGAUGACUCUAAACCUAGUUUGUUCUCUGACCGCCUCAGUGAUUUAGGGCGCAUUCCUCAUCCCAGUAUGAGAGUAGGUGUCCCGCCUCAGAACCCACGGCCCUCCCUGAACUCUGCACCAAGUCCUUUUAAUCCACAAGGACAGAGUCAGAUUACAGAUCCCAGGCAGGCACAAUCUUCCCCACCAUGGUCCUAUGACCAGUCUUAUCCUUCUUACCUGAGCCAGAUGACAUCCCCAUCCAUCCACUCCACCACGCCGCUGUCUUCCACGCGGGGCACUGGGCUACCUGCCAUCACCGACGUGCCCAGGCGUAUUUCAGAUGAUGACACUGCCACCUCUGACUUCUGCCUCUGGCCUUCCUCUCUCAGUAAGAAGAGCCAGGCAGGUGCUUCAGAACUGGGUCCCUUUUCAGACCCCAGGCAGUUCCCAAGCAUCUCAGCCCUCACUGAGAGCCGCUUCUCCAACCCACGAAUGCACUACCCAGCCACCUUUACUUACACCCCGCCCGUCACGUCAGGCAUGUCCCUCGGCAUGUCCGCCACCACCCACUACCACACCUACCUGCCUCCACCCUACCCCGGCUCCUCCCAAAGCCAGAGUGGACCCUUCCAGACCAGCAGCACUCCAUAUCUCUACUAUGGCAGCUCUUCAGCAUCCUAUCAGUUCCCCAUGGUACCCGGGGGAGACCGGUCUCCUUCCAGGAUGCUUCCACCAUGCACCACCACCUCGAAUGGCAGCUCGCUAUUAAAUCCAAAUUUGCCUAACCAGAAUGAUGGUGUUGACGCUGAUGGAAGCCACAGCAGUUCUCCAACUGUUUUGAAUUCUAGUGGCAGAAUGGAUGAGUCUGUUUGGCGGCCAUAUUGAAAUUCCUCAGCCGUGGCCCAGUGGCAUCCAGGGGCCACACCCCACAUGUGUUAAUAUAUACAUAUAUAAAGAGAGUGCGUAUAUAUGUAUAUUGAUUAGCUAUCUAGAAGAUUUCUCACUCACCCCCUAGUCACGAUCUUGUAACCUUAAGAGGGCAGAGACAGCCAUAACUGGGUUUCAUAUUGUUUACUAUUUAAGACGUCCCCUCUACCAAGGAACAAACCUUCAAAGGUGGUGUUGGCUAGCCUGUUUUUGUCAGUAACCUGUUCCUACGCCAAUUCAGAGAGAGAGAGAGAGGUGGACUCUGGGCUGGGGAGGAAGAUGAGCCACGCCACUUCCUCUCUGUACUUUGAAACCACGCGCCUGGCUGUGUGGGGGCCAGGGCACUCUGCAGACCAGCUUGCAAAGCCAGCUGUGGUGCACACGUGGAAAGGGACGAGGGUAGCGUGGCUGCUUCCAGUGCCGCCCAUUUGGAAUACCUGUUCCAAAGUUUUCCUUCAGACUUGCUGCAGGUACCCACUUGAACUUUUGAGUUCACUUAUUUUUUUAUUUUGAUUUUUUUCCUUCUCUAAGAAAGUGACUUCAAAAAAUACUGAUCAGGAUAGAUUAUUUUACUUUUUUUAUACUCCCCUACUUCCCCCAUUUAACCAGAAAUAAAUCCCACCCCAUCCCCUCCCCUCCCUCUUCCUCCUCCUUCUCUCCCCUUUAUGCAAAACUGAAAAUGGCAGUAUCUGUUAUAGCCACGAUGAUAUAGUGUUUGAGUUGGCUGUGUGUUAUUUUUCUUCUUUUUUAAAUUAUGAAUAUGUGUAAAAUCUGAAGUAACUUGCUAACGUGGAUGGUCAUAUAACUUUAAAGAUAUAUUUAUAAUUAUUUAAUGACAUUUGGACAUUUGGAACAUUUUCUUAGUGUAAUGAUAUGUUGACUUCGGUCUCUAAAAAGUGCUUUUUUUUCUUAAAUAACAAAUUUCUUCAGUGGGCUAGAGCCAUAUCAGAAAUAUUGCUAAGCAAUUUCAAUUCCUUCAGGCACAAUGUGAUUUUUGAAAAUAAUUUCCAUCUCCAAAUAUUUUAGAUGUAGUUUGUUUUCGUAUUGUAUGAAGGAAAUGCUAUGUUUCAUUCUUUCUGGUCUUUGAUUGCCUCUCUGACACAGCUUUGCCUUUUAAAGCAAUAAUUAGGGAUUAAAAACUCAAAACCAAAAAAAAAAAAAAAACCUCACCUAUAGCCCUGUGGCCCUUUAACACUUAGUGUGGCCCCUUUACUAGCAUGAAAUGCUGGAGACAUGUGGUUUCCUAAUUUCUCUCCUUUGGGGGGUGGGGGGCGGUCAUUAUGACUGUUGUCAUAUUAAAAAGCCAAGCACAAGUGAUGGGUUGAACUGCAGAAACGUGUCUGUGGUCAGAGUUAAGCAAAACUCUAAGUGGCAGGCUUCGUGGUUGAGGGCCUGGAGCGCCGAAAGCCACAUGUGCGGCAAUGCCUCGGUCACGACACGCAGGGCAUAGGAACACAGACACAGCGGGAGUCUGCACCUUCCAGCCUUAGCACGCAGUCAUUCAGGGAAACCCAAAAGUGCCUUACCCAGGGAGGGCCCCCAGGAGCAGGAUGCCCUCACGGUUCUAAGGGAGCUGGUAUCAGUAGACACAGAGCCUGUGGGGACCUUCGAGAAGCCUUUGAUGUUAGAGGCUGUCUCUAGGAAGGGCCAGGAGCAGGGCAGGCCUUGUGCUGAUUGGUGUCUGCCACUCUGUGUGGAAUCUGAGAGCCAGCCCUCCUCAGACGGUGCGCUUUGAUCACUCCUGGCACCUUGAGGCCAAUCGCUGAGUGUGAACCCCUAAUCCGAGUCAGGGACUGUUCAGUGGCACCACCAGGCAGAUGCCAGCAUUCCUCCUGCUGGUGUGUGUAUGGGGUUACUGGGCCACCUUCACUGGAACCCCGAAUCAUCCUAAGCAAGGCUCUUCGGCAUUUGCUUUCAGCCCCAUGCUCGCUGAUCCUUCCCAGGUUGACAACAGUCCCAGGGGCAGGUGGGCCUGUGUUGUGCCUGUUUUCCUUAGAGUUUACCCUGACUCCUCCUGGCACAAAUUGAGGGGGCAAAGAACCCCUCCCUCCAGCAAGCCAAAACACUUUGCCUUCUAAAGGCUGCAUACCAAGUGUACUCUCUGACAGACACGCCACUUUUGUAUUUCUUAAGAUGGAAGGUCUUAGUAAGAAGACCGAGGCUAUUUAUUGUUUGUGUGUGGUAGCUUGAAGCACACCACUGUCCAUGUGUUUGAUCCCCUUUUCAGCAGCACUUACAAAAGCCAGUGUCUGGUUACACUUUUCAGUUUUCAUUAAUCGACAUGAAGAUGUUACCGUCGGUGCCAGCUGCACCCUAUUUAAUUGUUUCUUUUUGAAAAAGGUACUAUAUUUGUACAUUAUUUUUUAGCGUUAAAGGGCUUCUUAAAGUUUACAAUACACACAUUUAAGGGACUAGAGGGGAAUGCCUUAGUGUCCAAACGUUGUCAUAGUGGCUGCAGGCAGCAAUCCAGAAACACCUUUGCAAACAGGUUGUUUCCCUCUGUCCUCCCUUUGGGAAGAAUUCAAGUACUUCUCUCCACCUUUCGGCCACCUCACUGGGUCACUCCCAUUACUCAGAACACUCUUCUGCUUUUUUUUUUUUUUGGACUAGGGUUUAAAAUCCCCCUCCCUCUUCCCUUAUCUCUUAAACUCUUCAUUUGCACUGUGUCACAUGUAUGAUUUGUGGUUUUAAGACCAAAGCAAUGUCUUAUUACUCUCAUGGAACCAUUUAUGCGUACUAACCAACCCUCCCCUUUCCCCAGGGUUAUCGAAGGAACACAAACAUGGCUGGGAUUUACAGUGUGACGGACACAGCCAUAUUAAAUAAUAUUAAUAAAUAUUUUUCAGUUGUCUCAGAGACGUUAGCCUAGGCCAGAGUUCAGAAUAGGUGCUAUGGCUUUGGUUUUAGGUUAGGGAAUGAUGCCCAGCAUGAACCAGAGUCCUUAUAGAUUUAACUGGUUUUCUCUCCACACUAUCUCAUCCUUUACCCCGAGACCCUUGGCAAAUGAGCAGAGAAACAUCUCUACACCGUUAGACUGUCCGUUGUAGUUUCAGAAGGGAGGAGCCAUGUGUUGGGGCUUUCCUCUGUUCCAAGGAAAGGGACUGACCGACCUAGGGUUGAGGGCAGUAGCAGAAGUAACCACGCCCACAGUAUUUGAAAGAAUAAUAAACAAUAAAAGGUUCUUCCAAACUUUGAAUUUGUUGUUCUUAAAAAAAAAAGAGAUGUGCAUCUAAAACAAAGGUUUUUUUUUUUCUAUGUGGGAACUUUCUUAGUUGUCUGUUUACUUCAUGUUUACAAGUAAUUGCUUUUUAAUGCAGUACUUUAAAAAUAUAUCAGCCAAAAAAAUAACAUAACUUACAGUAAUUUCUUAGGUAUCUGAAUAAAAGUCCAUGUCUUUCGAUAUGCCUACCAUCCUUAGAUUUCUGUGGAACAACAAAUUGUAGCAUUUUGUGUAAAUACAGCUUUUGUUUUUAUUUUUAAUUUUCCCUGAUCGCUGUUGCCCGAGAUUUGCUUUCCAUGCACGCAUUGUACAAAUUCUGCUUUGUGCCACAGGUCAUGAUUGUGGAUGAGUUUACUCUGAUCUUCAAAGGGACUAUUUGUAUUGUAUGUUGCAACUGUAAAUGGAAUUAUUUGGCAUUUUUCUCCUCCCCCAUGAUUGUAAUAUUAAUUUGAAGUUUGAAUUUAAUUUUCAAUAAAAUGGCUUUUUUUGUUGUUGGUUUUGUUA